AAAAAAAAAAAAACAAGACGCCCAGUAGUAACGUGUCUGUGGACUUUACCCUGCGUCGCCGUGGAGUUUUUUUACAAAACAUAACAACGAACCAGAAAGGAAAACUGUAAAGCAAGACCUCUCCGAACAAAAGAUGAACACCACGAGCAAGUUCAACACAACCUGUAACAAAGGAUCCCCAGCGAUUGGAAUCGGCAUCCUUGCUACAGCAUUCAUCCUCGGUCUCCCUGGCAACCUGUUUGUGAUCUGGACCGUGCUCCUCAGACUGAGAAAAAGAUCCAUCACCUCCGUGCUGAUCCUAAACCUGGCAGCUGCAGACGCAGUCGUCCUCCUUACAGCCCCGUUCUUCAUCCGCUACCUCGUGGUCCUGAACUGGGAAUUCGGGGAGGCCUCCUGCAAGAUAAUGCACUACAUCUGCAGUGUCAAUAUGUACGCCAGCAUCUUCAUCAUUGCCUUCAUGAGCCUCGAUCGCCUGUUAGGAGUUUCCAGGCCCUUUCUGUCCCAGAAGGUCCGAACGAAGCCUAAAGUCCGCAGGGUAGCCCUGGCGCUCUGGGUAUUGGCUUUCCUGCUUGCCAUACCCAUGCCUUUCUACCGGAAAGUGGUGACCAGCAGGGGCAGGCGAUGGUGUAACCCUGUGCACACGAGCAGUGAACACAAAGUGUUCCAGUACCUGGUGGAAACCAUAGCCUCUUUCGUGGUCCCUUUUACAGUCAUGGCUGUUAGUUAUUUGCGCAUCUGUCUGAGGCUCAGAAAAGGGAAGUUCAGACGCAGAUCCAGGCGUAAGUCGAGUCGGCUGAUCAUUUUAGUGGUGGUCAGCUUUGCUGUGUUUUGGAUGCCGUAUCACAUUGUUAACAUUCUCCAAGUCGCCGGAAUGUUGUCUGGUUCGAAGGCGCUGGAGGAAUUUGCAGCGUGUAUGAGGCCGACUUUGACCGCGUUUGCAUUCGUCAGUAGCAGCGUGAAUCCCAUCCUCUAUGCUUUCGCCGGGACUGCGUUCAUAAGGACUUCAGGGUUAAACUUUGUGGCGAAGCUUCUGGAAAGGACUUCCUCAGAGGUGAGUAGUUUGAAGAAAUCCGGGAGGACACUCCAGGAGAAGGAGGAAGAGGAGAAAAGUAAGAAGGGGGAUUGCAUGGAAUUAGAGCAGGUCACAAAUGCUGGACAAAGUGGAGAAGACACACCGAAACAGGAUCAGGAGACAAAUACAGAAGCACCAAACUGUUGAGCUUAUAUAUACAGCUAUGCCUUGAUUAUGCAAACACCCCCUUGGUAACCUGUCUUCUUGUGUGCUGUGCUCUUCUGUCAUAGAAAGUGCUACUCAGCCUCAAUCUCUGGUAUUUAAUUACAGAACAGUGCAGUGCUGUGCUAUAUAUACUGUAUAUUUCAAGUAAUGGAAAUCUUGGUCUCAUUUAGUUCAGAUAGUUUACUGUACAUCGACAAAGAUGAAGAUGCGAGCUGCAAAGAAUAUUAAUUAAAAAAAAGGACAGAAAAAAAUAUUUUUUCAUUUGUUCUGAAAAAAUAUGUUUAUUAUUUGCAAAAAAACUGCUUAAAAAACAAAAAAAUGUGAGUUUAUUUUCAUAUUUUAUAAAAAGAAAGGAAGACUUCUAUUGUACAGAACGAUCACAGUUUUUGUGAAAAAAAGAUACAGACAGAACCUGAUUGAACCUGAUUGCAAACUCUAAAAUGAGACGAACAAUGAUUUAUUUUAUUUUUCCUGAGUCAGUAUGAAAGUAAAAGUUACACCCAUGGAAUUACAAAUGACAUCACAGUUAAUGCCAAGAAAAUCCUUUGGCAUGAGAUAAUACAUCGAGCUAGAGUAACUUGGGACGAUGAUUAUACGCAGUUCUGAAUCACUAUGGAAUGUGGUACUUUUUGCUAUCAGUUAUCUUUUUGCAGAAAUGUAUUUUCUUAGAAGAUAAAAUGAAGACUACAUGCCCCACCCCCUGUCAUUCUGGUAGUAAACAUGUUGAGAUGCUAAUGCACUUCUGGGGCGGCUUGCUUGCUCAUUAAAUCGAAAGUAUUUGAGGCCUAGUAUUAUUAUUAUUAUUAUUAUUAUUAUUUGUUUAUUUAGCAGACGCCUUUAUCCAAGGCGACUUACAGAGACUAGGGUGUGUGAACUAUGCAUCAGUUGCAGAGUCACUUACAAUUACAUCUCACCCAAAAGACGGAGCACAAGGAGGUUAAGUGACUUGCUCAGGGUCACACAAUGAGUCAGUGGCUGAGGUGGGAUUUGAACCGGGGACCUUCUGGUUACAAGGCGGUUCCUUUAACCACUGGACCACACAGCCUCCU